AGUAUACAAUUAUAAUAGUCUCGUAAGUGCAGCUCAGAUAGUAAAGGGUUGCGAAGACAUUUAAUAUGUUAGGGUGCGAGUUCGAAUAAACAAUACCCUACUUCUUAGGACUUAGUGCAUGUGUUUCGGCACUUUACUCUUUAGAACAAAAAAAAAAGAGUGAAAUUUUAGCACUGCAAGUGAACAAAGUGUUCCCCUACAUUAGUCAACUAGUCAACUAUGGCUGGCAGAAACUCCAAUUCCUUAAAUACCCAUUUCUUGCUUUAUCCAAACUCCAAGUAUAGAUACAUCUCUUCCGCACAACUUCCUUUUAAGGGCUCUUUCCACGAGUUAAUAAAUAAGCUAAAAAUCAACAAACACCAUCAACACUUGCAUGCAUCCAAAUUAACACAGAACACACAACUGCUGUAUGGAAGAAACUUCAAUAUCUUUAAAACCAUGUGGCAUAGAAGAGAGCAUCAUAGAUUUGUCCCAAAUCACACUCCGACCACUUCAUCUUUCUGAUCUUGAUGAUGUCAUGGUGUGGACAACUGAUGAAAAAGUGGCCAAGUUUUGCUCUUGGGAAACUCACACCACCAAAGAUGAUGGAAUCAACUAUAUUGAAAGAAAAAUAAACAAUAAUAAAAAUGAAAAUAAAAAGGUUCUUUGGUGCAAAGCCAUAUGCCUUAAUGAUCAUGCUAUUGGCUUUAUUUCUUUGUCUUCGAGAUCACCUCAUGAUAAAAGCAGGAACAAAUCUGCAGAACUUGGUUAUGUUCUAGGAUCAAAAUAUUGGGGUAGAGGGAUUGCCACAUAUGUUGUGAAACAAGUGGUUAAGGUUGCAUUCAGUGAGUUGUCAUACUUGGAGAGAAUUGAAGCUAUGGUUGAUGUUGAAAAUGUUGGGUCUCAAAGAGUGCUAGAGAAAGCUGGUUUCCAAAAGGAAGGAGUACUGAGGAAGUAUGUGUUCUUGAAAGGAAAGAGUAGAGAUAUGGUCAUGUUUAGUGUUCUUGUUAAUGAUCCUAAAGUAUGAAUUAUUAUUUGUUUGUAGGGUCAUGUCUAUAAUCAUGAUGUAAAAGGUCAUAUGAAAGUUUCAUCCAUUAGCUUCAAUAUUUUCAUCUUGUCAUAUAUCUUGGACUUGUUGACUCCCAAGUCAAGGUUGAAAUAUAUAUUUCAAAUAUAAGUUUCAUUUCAUUUGAAUUCCUUAAUGCCAUUUAAGUUUUUUA